AACCGGAAGCAGUUUAUUUUACGUCGGUAGACUUGACACUAGUUUGUCCGGAGCAUCACAACAUUGUCCUGACGCUUUGUUCGAAAGACAGAAAGCAUCGCACUUGUCUUCGAUGAAGUGCGUAUGAAACCAGGCUAUGUCCACAAUGGUGUAUCCUCGUGAAGAAGCCCUGGAGCGCCUGAGCCAGGAUGAGAUCGUCCUCAACACCAAGGCCGUCAUGCAGGGCCUGGAGACGCUGCGCGGCGAACACGCCCAGAUCCUCAACUCGCUGCUGGACUGCGCCCAGCCCCCCGCCGCGCAGGAGAAAUCCGGCCUGCUGCGCAAGAGUCUGGAGGCCAUCGAGCUGGGCCUGGGAGAGGCACAGGUGAUCAUCGCCCUGUCGAGCCACCUGAGCGCCGUGGAGUCGGAGAAGCAGAAGCUGCGGGCUCAGGUGCGCCGGCUCUGCCAGGAGAACCAGUGGCUGCGGGACGAGCUGGCCGGGACGCAGCACAAACUGCAGCGCAGCGAGCAGAGCGUGGCGCAGCUGGAGGAGGAGAAGAAGCACCUGGUGUUCAUGAACCAGAUCAAGAAGUUUGACGAUGACGUGUCUCCGUCGGAGGAGAAGAACCAGAGCUCUGGCGGGGGAGGAAGUGGAGGAGACACUUCGAAGGACAGUCUGGACGACUUGUUCCCCAACGAUGACGACCAGGGGCCAGCCCAGCCCAGCGGAGAGGUGGCGGCUCAGCAGGGGGGCUACGAGAUCCCGGCCCGCCUCAGGACGCUGCACAACCUGGUGAUCCAGUACGCCUCGCAGGGCCGCUACGAGGUGGCCGUGCCGCUCUGCAAACAGGCUCUGGAGGACCUGGAGAAAACAUCCGGACACGACCACCCCGAUGUCGCCACCAUGCUCAACAUCCUGGCUCUGGUGUACAGGGAUCAGAACAAGUACAAAGAGGCGGCUCACCUGCUGAACGACGCGCUGGCCAUCAGAGAGAAGACGCUGGGGAAGGAUCACCCCGCUGUGGCCGCCACCCUCAACAACCUGGCCGUCCUGUACGGAAAGAGAGGGAAAUACAAGGAGGCCGAACCUCUGUGCAAGAGAGCGCUGGAAAUCAGAGAGAAGGUGUUGGGGAAGUACCACCCAGAUGUAGCCAAGCAGCUGAACAACCUGGCGCUGCUGUGUCAGAACCAGGGGAAGUACGACGAGGUGGAGUACUACUACAGUCGGGCCCUCGAGAUCUACGAGUCCAAACUGGGAGCCGAUGACCCCAACGUGGCCAAGAAAAAUAACCUGGCGACGUGCUACCUGAAGCAGGGGAAGUUCAAAGACGCUGAGGCUCUGUACAAAGAGAUCCUGACCAGAGCACACGAGAAGGAGUUUGGAUCCGUCAACAAUGACAACAAACCAAUCUGGAUGCACGCAGAGGAGAGAGAGGAGAGCAAGGGUAAACGUAAGGACUCGGGCCCGUAUGUAGAGUAUGGCAGCUGGUACAAGGCCUGCAAGGUGGACAGCCCCACAGUGAACACAACCCUGAAAAGCUUGGGGGCUCUGUACCGUCGUCAGGGCAAACUGGAGGCGGCCGAAACUCUGGAGGAGUGUGCCAGCAAGACCCGUAAACAGGGAAUCGAUGCCAUUAACCAGAGUAAGGUGGUGGAGCUGCUGAAGGACGGGGGGGGCGGAGGGGGGGACAGACGACACAGCAGGGAGGGAAUCAACGGGCCGCGGGGGCAGAGCGAGGGCGAGGACUCCGCGGAGUGGAACGGGGAUGGGAACGGGUCUCUGCGGCGCAGCGGCUCCUUCGGGAAGAUCCGUGACGCCCUGAGGAGGAGCAGCGAGAUGCUGGUGAAGAAGCUGCAGGGGAGCGGGCCUCAGGAGCCACGGAACCCAGGAAUGAAGAGAGCAAGCUCCCUCAACUUCCUCAACAAGAGCACUGAGGAGACCACACAGGACGCCCCCCCCGGCCUCUCGGACUGCAGGGGACUCAGCUCCAGCAACGUGGACCUAUCCAGACGCAGCUCCCUGAUUGGCUAGGCCGAGAGAGGAGGCGGGACUGAGGAGAGGCUGUUUGCAGCUUGGUUUGAUCCACACUCUAAAGCGAGAUCAGACACUUGCACCUGCAGCAUAUUUUUUAAAGAACACUGAGAGAGAGAAAACACCACCUCACGUAGCGUCAUCCUGUUUAGACACGGUCGCUGCUUCGCUGUACAAAACGCUGCCAUCAAUCACUAAAGAGAAUAUUUAGAUACACAUUAAUCAGCAUGCUGCUUACUAGACGGUGGAAUGUCUGCACCUGAACGCAUCGUGUUUUAGCACCGUGGCGUAUAUCCACAUCGUGAUGAGUCCCGUGUUUAGUGUGCAGACACUCGUAGGCUAAAUGUACUCCGGUUCCAGUUCAGAGAGGAGCGUUUGCACUCUGUAUAUCUCACCAGUAGCAUGGAGUAUCUCCCGAUUGCUAACCGCCCAUUCCAUGCAUAUCACAGACGGUCCAAAUGGUUCCGUCCGCUUUGAUUUAAACGAGGAUAGCAGAGGUAUUUAAGAAGAUUUUUCAAAAUUAGCACUAACCAUGUAAACCUCACUGUUUGCCUUUCUUGUUGUUUUAUGUAUAUACAGUUUUAAAUUAUUUGAUGUUUCUUUCCUUGUAAAUAGUGCACUUUUUUUUUGGUUUACACUUCAUUGGGUCUAAGAAAAUACUUCUUAUCUAAAAGGGGGAGGACUGGAAAACAAAGAAAUAUGAAAAGUUCCUAAAAAGUACCUCAAUCGCUGAAUUCUGCUGACUCAUGGUUCAGUUUAGUCGUAAUGCACUUUGAGCCCCUACGGCGCCCUCUGCUGGUCAUGUUUAUAUCAGUCAUUCUUUAAACUUUGAUAUGAAAGUGUCAGAAAGUUCAUUUGAAAUUAUAUUUACAAUGUCUCCUCAAUACUACCUACUGUUGAAUAAAACACUACUUUCAGGUCCUCACAAAACACGUCCAGGCUUACUGCCAUAAGUCUGAAAGCUACUGAAGGCAAAUAUUUCUUUUUUAAUGUAGGAAUAAGGGUAACUAUCUUAUCAAAGCUGGUGCAGUGCAUCAACAGCGUGUUCAUGUAUUCCUCUUGUGAACGGUUUCCCCCUGUAUCGUUUUCUACGGAACAAUCCUCAGUGUCACGUGUUUUCCCUCCUGAUGAUUUGUGUUUCCUGUUUUUGAUCUGAGCUUUUUAUGUUAAAGGUACUGAUAAUCAUUUGAAUGUUCAAUUACAUAUCGAUUGUGGGAUCCGGUGGCUUUCACACCGGAUGUCUGUAUUGUGCUGUUUCCACCAAAAAUGAGACCAAUACCAAGAGAACUGUCCACAGAAUGUACGCGUGUUAUCAUGCGAACUCGAGUUUGGCCUCGGCAAGUUGUGGCGUCGCUUCAACUGGGAUCAGAUUGUCAAGAACAACAACUUUGUUUGCAUCAUGUGUACGUUUGUCUUUGUUUACUCGUAGAAAGGGAAACUCCUGACAAUCUGAGUUAGAUUUCUAAGACGGGAGGAUGCAGGAUUGUUGCAUUUUGUCCACGACGGUGCAUGCACACCAUCGCCAAAUUCCCCAACAACCUGACUCCGGCCCUUUCUCAAAAUCACCUUUUGAUGACGUCACAUUGCUGACUCCAAAAUAAUGAAAGUGCUUGAUCUGUCAGCUUCUGAUUGUGCGCCGUGGUGCGGGUUUUAGAUCGUAAUGUAGAAGUGAACGCAUGAAGGAAAGAAGGCCUACAGUAAGUGUUGAGGCAGAACAAAGAAAUGCUAUGGAAAGACGUUGCGGGAGGAAAAGUGCGUUAAGUGUCCGCAGCGAAUAAUGUACAGAGCAAUCCUUUAUAUGUUUGUUCACAUCAGAAUGAUAAUGUGUAGGACUAGUCUACUUCCUGACUGUAACACUGAGCACUCUACCGAUCAUCACGUAUUCACCUCUGGGUUGGUUUGCUGGAAGCGUCUGUAAUUCGUCUGACUGUGUAUUAAUAGCUCCAUAAAUAUUAAGCACAAUAAUCUAAAACGGCUAUGGUUGUAAAUGUUCUGAAAGAUUUCCCUGUGUGGAGUUUUUACUCAGAUGGCAAAUGUUCUAGAUCGAUGGUCACGUGUGUGUGCUAUACUGGGUGUCAUUGUGAAGGGGCCAACCCAAUGUGUAUUUUAUCAAAAGGUUCAAUAAAUACAAACUCCACUUUUCAAA